AUGCCACAAAUGCAGCUUGCAGGUGAAUAUUUGAAUUUUUUUCAGAAUGAUCUAUUCAUCGUUAUUUUCUGGCUGGAAAAAUAAAUCUGAACCUUUUUUCGUACAGUCAUUCAAAUUAAUUUAAGGGUCUCGUUCCAUUUUUUUUUUGGGACCAGGAAAAAAAAACUGCGUUCUCGAAUUAGGAAUGACUUUUUCAGAAAAGAAUUCACUUAUUUUUAUAAUGAAAAAAAAUAGUUUUAAAACCAUUUAAAGAAAUCAAAACCGUUCUGAAGACGAAAAAGCCUUUUUUUUUCAACUUUCUUUACUUAAUCAGAAUUGGGCUGUUCAUCAAAAAGGUAUUAUUUGUCAAUGCGAGUAAUUUCUUUUCUAGGAUACACCACGAUAAAUGUUCCGAUGCAGUACUUGCAAGGAGGAAUGAAUCCCUACAUGAUGCAGAAUGGAAUGGCUCAGAUGGGACAUCCAAUGAUGCAGCAAAUGAUGCCUCUUUCCCCUUACGGUAAUUUAAAAUUGAACCCCUUUUCCUUUCGUUUUCAAAAGCUCGGUUAUUCCUCAAAUAAUUCUUCAAAAAGACUGUUACUUCAGGAAUGAUGAACCCAAUGAUGAUGGGGGGAAGUUUCAUGAAUCAGGCAGGUUUUGGGCACGAUUUUCGAGAUCCAUCUGGAGCUUUUGAUAGUCGUGGUAAGCUAUUUUUCAAAAUGAAAGGUACUAUUUCAGUAAAAUUUCAGUUUUUAAUGUAAAAAAUAAUCCGAAAAAAGAAUUAUAUAAGCAGAACUGAUUUCUGUUUUCUAACGACUUUGGUUACUUAAAAGUGUGUAGUUUGACUUCAAUUGGAAAAUUCAGGGAACCUAGUGAAAGUUCUCAAGAGUAUAGAGUCGUUUCAUUUGAAUCAGUGUAAAAAAGGUAACAUCUGAUCUUUUUUCACAGGAGUCAUCGCCAAUUCAAUCGCCCCCAAUCCAAUAGUCGAGCAAGCCAGUUAUUUGAGCCUGAUCAACGACAAGGAGAACUUCCAGGUGCUCUCAAAAAUCCUCAAGAAUGUGAUUAGUGACAAUUUGAAGACUUCUGGGUGUUCCUGGGACCUGGCCCAGCUGAAAUGCACCGACGCGUUUGGUCUUUGCAAGGGCGGAUGUCGCGAUUUUGCAGUUAUCGCUGCGGCUAGUCUACAUGAUUGCAGGUAG